ACAUUAUUAUCAUCACCAGAAGAAAUAGUAUGCUCAAGAGAGGUGGUAACACUAUAUCAAUGAUUUCAAACUCUACAUUGUUGGUAGGGUGGUGUCUUCCCAGGAGGCGGCUCCGGCGACGGCGAGGCUGCACCGUAAGGCUGGGGAAUCGACGGCGGGUUUUCUGCCUCGGAUCACGGCCGGUUGUACAGUGGGGGGUCAUGGGUCCUAUAAGGAUGUUGAAGAAGAUGAUAAUGGAGAUUGCUCCCAAGGGACAGUUCAUUGAGGCAUAUUAUAGGUAUCUGCCAUUACUGCGUCCCCAGCUCUUUCCUCUUUGUUGAUUAAAUAGAAGGUUCAUUAAGGAGGAAGAAGAAGAAACCCAGAAAUGAUAAUGCUUCUCAGUUUUGAUGACAUAAUAUAUAUAUAUAUUAACCUUCAAAGUUUAUUCUUUUGGUUUUGUACUGUCUUCAGCAUGUAAAAGUUUGUGGUAGUACUCUUAGAGGAAAAAGGAAUGUAUUUCUUCUCUUCUAAUUUUUCCAUGGAGGCUACACUAUUAAUUUGGACGUGGUAGCUUUCUCUUCCAUAAAUCUCAGUGCAUGUUUG